AUGAUAAUUAACGAUCGCCAGCAAGAAAAUUCUUUAGGACGUUUGAAGCGCGACGCGAGGGAAUUAGUUGAAAUGUGUUUCACGAACAAUUCAAAUCCAGUAAUGAUCUCCGAGGACUUGCUCGACAAUAAUUGGAACCCUGGUCAAAAUUCGCUAAUUGUAAUCGACCGCAAAUUCAACAAAAAGAUCACAGGUUUUCUCCCCGCGUAUCCGACAUAUGUCCUUCCAUUUAAGUCAAUCGAUAAUCUAAAACCGGCUGUCGACAAUCUCCAACGAUCAAAGUUUUGGAACAUAGGAUCGCCGUUUCUGAUGGUCGGAACCGGGUCGCGUUGCUCCAGCACCAAGAAAUUACUAGAGUUCAUGUGGAACCGAGAUUUGCUCUUUGUUUAUUACUUGUGCGAGAAUAAAAAUUCGUCGGUAAUCUACACGCUGAAUCCUUAUGCAAGCUACGCUCCAGCGCCGUGGAAGCUGAUUGAAAAAUUUGGCGACAGUGACAAGAAACUAACUCUCUUCAGGCUCGAAUAUAUAAAAGACCCACAGAUUUGCAAAAGCAUCACCUUUGACAAGACAGAUCAUCUAGAGAAUGCAGAAAUAAAGUUUGUUCAUUUCGAGAAAACUACAUCUUUCCUGAUAAGUGACAAAAAAAAAUUAGCCAAAGCCGUUGUGGAAAGUGAAUUGAAAGAAGAUUUUGUUAAUUUGGCUAAGAUAUCAGUCUUAAUCAAUGCCACGCCAAUAUUAGAAAUUAUUCCUAGUUCUGUACCGCGGCGGAGUGAUAUCCAAGAAUUCGUCGACAGCAGAGGUGAUAUUAAUAACGGUUACGGGUUUAUCGAUGCCACUGACUAUGAGUACGUAGAUGUCAUUGCGGAGUAUAACGAUGAAAAUAUAGUUUCAAUCGUGACCAAAAAGACUGUUUCUCUAACAGGAAUCAGCGAAAAAACCAACAAUGUACAGUUUCUAAUAGAAACAAGCUUGCUGUUGGUCAUGUUUACAAUAGUGAUGGUGAUCAUCAAGAGGAAUGACGUAGGUUUGGCUGUGAUGGAAAUGGUGAGGUUAGUUACUGGCAUGGCGCUUGAAACUCCACUAAAUCGUCUUGCGAUAAAGUUUAUAUUCUUUUUUGGUUUCCUGUUUGCAUUUAUGAUAGUUCCUGAUUUUCUGGGCAACACAAUAGCCAUGUUAAUGAGGCCUCCGAAGCGAAACGUCGAUAAGCUGAGGGAUCUCUAUGAGAACAAGUUCCAUGUGUACUAUUUAGACAUAUUAGAGACUGAUAUUAUGAAUGAACAACUGUGGGUCACUGAUGAAGAUAGAAAAUAUCUUCAUCCAGUUUUAUAUACAGACAUCCAAAAAUAUGUUCUCAAAGUAAGAGAAAAUUCGACAAUAGCUUGCAUUCAUUUUACAGACUACUUACUCACUGAGUCAGGUAAAGAUAAUAAUUUGUACAUUUCAACGAAGGCCGUCUUCAAGAAGCAAUUAGUUUCUUGGGCCAGGAAGAAUUGGCCCUUGAUAAGUAAGUUCAAUAAAAUGGUUCUAAAAACUUCGCAACGAGGAUUGGGACAUGCAAUUUUCAAGAAAAAAAGGUGUAUCGCUAAAUUAGAGGAGAAAAGCGUAAAAAAAGCAAGGAUUAAGGAGAGGGAAAUGUAUGACUACUUUGAUUUUGAUGAAUUGAUUUUUAAUUAUUAUUCCUUUGGGUUACUUAUUGCGCUCGGGAUAGUGACUUUCGGGAUUGAGAUAAUACUUUCAAGAUAUUUAAGAAAUUACAGACAGUUUCAAAUUCAAGCGCGUCACUAG